AUUUGCUUAAUAACAAGCAUCAAAGUCAAAUAAAUUUUGUAUAACAGGGGAAGUGGAUAUCACGCUUCUCCCUGGGAGAGUAAAUCUGUUGAGCACUUGACGGCAUUUAGAUCUACAAUUCUAUCUGCUUUAAAGGCUGGACAGGACAGGGGUAAAAAAAAAAAAAAAAGAGAGGAGGGUUCACGCACUCUGUUCAUUCCGAUACAGAACCAGCGCAACCAGGUGUUGAGACAGAUGUACAGAGUGAACUCUCUUGUCAUCCAUCAUAUUUGGUAGGGAGAGAAGAGAAAAACAAACACAUACAACUUUAAUAUAUCAAGUUGGGCAAAAUUAUCGAGUUCGUUUUUAUUUAAGAUAAGAUAAGAUAAGAUAUGCCUUUAUUAGUCCCACAAGGGGAAAUUCCAGAUCGUGCGGUUGAUUAAUUUAUUGAUUAUUGGGACAGGCCUUGCUAUGAGUGUCUGUUACAUCAGCAUUUUGCGGUGAUGAAGACAGAAGCAGCUACAUCUUGUAACAACUACACGAGUGCAAUUCUUUUAUGAUGUGUUAACACUAACACAGUGUGUAUGAUCAUUUUUUUCAUCAUGAUCUUGUGCUGGUACAGAAUUGGAGCAGACAAAAGUAGCCUGGCUGUUCUCGGUGUUGGAAGUGGUGGAGGUGAAGUGGAUGUCCAGGUGCUGUCGCUCAUGCAGUCCACCGUCUCCACUCUUCCCAUCACUGCUGACGUCGUGGAAGGAAGCACCGAACUGGUUGCCAAAUUCAAAGGCCUCUAGAUGGGAGUGGAGUAUGUCUGUCUGAUGUAUGCCGGAGUGCUCAGCUGUCGCUGUGAUUGAGACAAGAUGUGCCGCCCUCCUUGCAAUAAAGCCACCAGUUAAGAGAUAAGUGUUUUCUAUUUUUUUGGUGGAUAUAUGAAGAUAUCACACUAAUGUUAGCAAUAUAUUUCAAUUGAGCUUAGCAGCGGUAUACUUUGUUUGCUGCCUCGGUGUUGGCGUAUGCUUUUUUUUUAUGACACCCUUGUGUUUUGUGCCACAAAUAAACAGGAUGUAGCCCGCAGCGCUCUUAGUUUGAAUGCCGGAAGUGUGUUGUGUGAUCUCUUAACUGUUGCUAGCAGACACGGGCUGUGCACAUGGAUAAACUUGCAUUCUGUAGCCUCAGCUCCCGUCCUUAACACCGAACCGCCACAUGUCCAUCAGUGGACAUCCUGAAACCCUCCGUUACAUUGGCAUGACGCAGACGUCAUUUGUGUGACUUCCCUGAUUCCGACUGCUUAGAGGAAUUCUGACAUAGCGCGCCAAAGACGGGGCACUCUUAUUUCUACAACAAUCAUAUUAGUCGAGCUGCCUCCUUUGCAUGAUAUUGUGUUGCAAAUGUUGCACUGAAACGGCCGCUCCUUUUUAUGAAGUUAAGCCAAACUUUUUAGCUGAUUCCUCUUAUUCAUCAUCGGUGUUCAUGGCUAUUUCUACUACUGGGCAUCGAACCAAGGAAUUGAAAUUUUAAAAAAAUUAAGAGAAUCGCAAUGUCAGUCCCGGUUCCCAUCGAUGCGUGAGACUAAGGUUGAGCGAGUACACCACUAUCUGUAUCUGUAUCUGUUCACCCAUCUAAAUGAUCUCUUUCGUAUCUCUACUGGAAUGAGUGGGUGGGUGAGUGUGGUUUAACUGGAAAUGUGUGGGGCUUAAAUCGGUACAUUAUUAUAAGUUUGAAAUUGACAAACUUAAAUAAUGUACCGAACUAAAUAAAUGUCUCUAGUCCAUUCGUCAUAGCAACGACACUUCCUCCUCGUUGUCACUAGACCAGGGGUCACCAACGUGGUGCCCGCAGGCACCAGGUAGCCCCCCACGACCACAUGAGGUGCCCGCAAGCCUGCUUUUCAUUCAGGUUUUCAGUUAAUAAUGAAAGAACAGUAGAAAGAAAUGCAUUCUGAAAUACAAAAUGUGAGUUGUGAACACCAGCAUUUUGUUCAUGUUCUGGUAAAACAAGCAUAUUCGCUUUGUUUGUUGGUUUAAAAUAAGCUCUGAAAAUAAAUGUUACAAAAAUGAGUAGCUCUUGGCCAUUUUCAUUUUGUGAAAGUAGCUCUCACAAGGAAAUGCAUGUAUGUCUGGUCUAAAUCGGGUCACCAAUACAGUGCCCGGGGGCACCAGGCGGCCCCUAAGGACCACAUGAGUCGCCCGCCAGCCUGUUCAAAAGAUUGCUCAAAUAGUGCCACUUACCUGCGAGCUGCAUCUAUUUUUUCUUGGUUGCUAUUUUUGUUUAAAUCACACUUACAUGUAAACUGGAAAUGAAACAGCAAAAAAAAACACUUUAAAAUCUGUACCACAGACUGUCUUAGUAGUGCCCAUUCUCUUUCGUUCCUUUAAGGUAACAUAUGAUUAAAAGUAGCUUUCAAUUACGACGCGAGGUGGGCACAUGAAUGAACCAGGGCAGCCGGGGAGCUUUGAGAGUUGCUGGUGUAAUAUGGACCUUGUUUUUGAUGUUUAACUAACAGUGUGCGUCUAUAAACGUGAGUAACCUGGUUAUUUCUCAUUGAUUCAAUGCUAGUCGCUGUUUGCACCGUGAUAUUGCAUGUGUUGUGUGCCUGAAGCAUCCAGUCGCCGAGCUGAUCACUAACUGUUUACCAAAGUUAGCUUCGUCAGCAUUGCCACCAAUUCUUUAUGUUGUUAGCAUGCUAUUUCAAUGUGUUUAGUGCACUGCUGAUAGCUGAGAUGUUACGUUGCUUUUCAUUUGUGUUUAUGUCUAAGGAGGGGCGUUUGCUGUGUGUGACUGGCCAAUCGCAGAGCGUGAAGAGUGAAUACAUAAUACUAUAUAAUAUAAUAAUGAUUUUCCGUCAUCACGAUUACUGAUAAUGACGAGCUGUACUCGUUUAAGGCUUGCAAAAAUGCAUUAUCCGUAACGGAUACUCGUCUAAAAUGAGUGUCCAGCUCAUCCCUACAUCUAACGUAACGCCUUCACAUCUUACUCUUCCCCUCUGCCCAUCAAAUGAAAAUAUAAACAUUUAAUAUAUGUAUUUAAUGAUCUUUGGGCAUUGCUUCAUCCCAAUCUACGUAUGGUUUUCAGCAUCGGUGAUGAAGACUGAUAACCUUCAGAAGAUUCCAUUCAGUUGGCAUAUGAUGCCAAGUGAGGAGUAUAUACAGAAAGCCAAGGGAAGAGGAGACGUGAAGAAAUUUGACUUCAUACACAUGAUUCAGGCUUCCUAAAAGUCCUCCUCACCACUCCGAACAUUUUGCCGCCUUAGGACCUCUCUUAAGGCCUAAAACGCAUCCUGAUUGCUCAUCUGCAGCACCUGGGAGGCCAAUCCCUGGAAAUAAAAGGGCUCCACCUGCGAUGGCUCUCUCUCCCCUCCUCCUGGACUCCUGGCUGCACCAUGUUGGUUUUUGUUUGGCUAUUUGGUUAAUUCAUUUAUUUCCUUGAUCGAAUUUUAUGUUAAAAUAAAGCAUCUAAAAAACUAAUUUAGUUCGUGUCCUCCACCAUCUUCCCCACAACCUAUAGGCUAGGUUGUGACCCAAUCUCAUGUACAGACCUGAUCAAAAUCUUAAGACCAGUUUAAAAAUUGCUAGAAUUUGCAUUUUGCACAUUUGGAUCUUCGUGAAGUUUUAAGUAGAGCUACAAUAUGCAAAAACAAGAACGGGGAGUGAGACGAAAACAUUUGGAGCUUGUCAUUUAAAAAAAAAAAAAAAAAACUGAAAUAGGGAGUCACCUGAUCAAAAGUUUAAGACCACAGAAGCGACUAGAACGAGACGUAACUGUCGCUACACAAAGUAAAAACCCGACCUCGUGGAUAAAGCAAAGACGGAGCUUUUGGAAACUUUUGGAAUCGGAGGUCCAAUCCUCUGCUCAAAGGGUGGUUUAGAGCUCUUGAAGUGGACCAGCAACAGUCGGGCUGUUUCGUCAGCCAUUCCAGAGAGGAGGCGCUCAAAGACCACCAGGCAGCUUCACUUGGAGCAAGAUCAUUUACCUGUAGAGAAAGCUCUGGGCCUGAGUUGGUGGGCAGAGACUGAUGCUUUCAUCUUUCAGCUCGUAAUGGAAGAAAGACAAGAUGGGGUAUUCUCUCAAUGGUCAGCUCCAUCUGUUACCCACUGGGUCUCUUGGCACCAUACACUUCGUUACCUAAACUGCUGUUGCAGCAAAUGUGCAGACAAAAUUUAUCUUGGGAUAAUCCCAUUCCAGAAGAAAUGUCAAAGUGUUGGACUUCAUGGCUCCGAGGGUCUGGAGAAAAUAGGGUCCUUUAAAAUGGAGCGCUGCUGCAUCAAGCUCAGCAGCUUUAAAGGACUCCUGCAGGCCAAGUUACAUCAUUUCGAAAAUGGAAGCGAUCAUGCCUACGGAACGGUGUCUUACCUGAGGCUACAGGACGUGAAGGGACGUGUGCACCUGGCAUUUAUGCUGGGGAAGGCUAGAGUGGCACAGUUAGAGCAGACAACUAUUCUUCGCCUUGAGCUUACUGCUCCUCUACUGGCUGCCAAAGUGGACAAAAUGUUGAAAAGGGAGCUGUCACUUCAACUGAACAGCUCAUGUUUUUGGACUGACAGCCAGACAGUCUUGAAGUACAUCUCUAAUAACAGCAAGCGGUUUGACACCUUUGUUGCCAAUAAAGUGGCUGUUAUAAGGGAGGCAACAGAAGUGUGUCAGUGGAGAUACAUAGAGUCCAAGCUCAAUCCAGCAGACGAGGCGUCUAGAGGACUGAAUGCAGACAGCUUUACAUCCUGUCAGAGGUGGAUAAAUGGCCCAGACUUCCUCAGAAAUCCAGAACAAGAGUGGCCAGAGCCCUUUGAACCCCAACUUGUUUCAUCCCAAGAUCCAGAGGUAAAGCGGGAUAUCCUGAUUACUGUCACUGAUAUACAGCUGGAAGACCCUACCACCAGGCUGGUGCAUUAUUUUUCAAGCUGGGCCAAGCUUAAGGCCUCAGUUGCUUUGUUUUUGAAAUUGAAAGAUGCCCUGCUGGGCUUGAGUAGAAAUAGAGAAGAGAUGUCUGCUCUCCUGGUUGUUGACCCUACAGCUUAUGGGGGGAAAAGGAGGAGGAAAUGAAACAGGCCAGAGUUGCUGCUUUUAAACAAGCUCUGUCAGUAAGCGACCUCUCCAGAGCAGAAAACGCCAUCAUACUUAAGAAAGCUUUAGUAGCAAUAGACCACACCAAUCCACCAAGCUUUUCUGUCACAGGAAAUUGACUGGAUUUUCAAAUAUCCUGCUGCGUCCCAUCAUGGAGCUGUGUGGGAGUGUCCCAUCAGAAUAGUCCGGAAGGUGCUUUCCUCUGUUCUAUGACAGUAAACACUAGACAAUGAAAGCCUUCAAACCAUCCUAUGUGAAGUUGAAGCCAUCCUCAACGGCCGUCCCAUCACAAAGGUCUCAGAAGAUGUAGAUGAUUUGGAAGCUCGCACCCCGAAUCACAUUUUGUUGGUCAAAGGAAAUCCUAUUCUUGCUCCUGGUGCUUUUCAAGACAGUGACCUGUACAUCAAAACACUCUGGAGGCAGGUUCAGCACCUCUCAGACCUGUUCUGGAAAAGAUUACAAGAGACUACUUGCCUUUGCUGCGAGAGAGACAGAAGUGGUCCAAAACCUGUAGGAGCUUUGCAGGUGAUCCAUAGUCACCAUUGUGGUGAUUAUGGAUCGUACUGCUCCUCGUGGUUCCUGGAUUCUGGGAAAGAUUACCAGCACUUACCCAGAUAAAGAUGGACUUGUGAGAGCUGUACAGCUGAAGACAAUGACUGGAAAGACCCAUUUGCAAGAUCUUCCUACUACAAGAAGCCCUUGGAGAAAGGAAGCUACUAUCUGCAUUAAGCUACACGCUUUUGGGUUUAGUUCACCUGGUUUGUUUUAGGGUAAUUGUGGAGUGCUAUAAUUGGUUGACCACUGGUGGCGAUAUGGAGGUGUUGCAUAUAUUGGUGCGGAUGUGAUGGUGCAUGGAAUUAGGGUGACGGGAGGUCACACAGUUUUUACCGCUCACAUGCACACUCAUGCACAUCAUUGCACCACUUUCACAACCUCCAUUUAUUCAACCAGCCAUAACAUUUGCCAUCUUGGACAUAUAAUUCAUCUUUUUUAAAUUGUACAAUAAACACAUGAUUAAUUCCAACGUAAUCAUCGGUCUGGACGUUGCAUUAUUGGAGCGUGUUAUCACCUGGAUUCCCCACAUCCAGAAGCGACUAGAACG